AAUUGGAAAGUGCAUAUAAAUGUAGUUUUAUUAUUUAUAUUGUUGUUUAAUAAUAUAUUAAACUCGUUUCCGUACGAAGAUUUACGUUAAAGAACCUACUUGCGAUACCUGGUGGAACAAUUUUCAAACUUCACUUGGUGAUUUCGUCAUAACUGGUCAUAACCCUGCACGAAACUGCAAACAAACAAGAAUCCACAGAACGAGUAGAAUUUAUGAAUUUAUAUCUAUGUAUAUAUGUAGAUAAUGGAGUGUAACACGUAUGAUCCAACAAAUCCGUAUUUUAUCCAUGAUUUUAAGAAAAUUUGUGGCAUAUGCAACAAGAAAUAUUCGAAAAAUAUAACGUUUUCAAUGAACUCUGUGAUUACUGCAACAACUCCCAUUAAAGCUUAUGCAGUAUUGGAGUCAGUUUCCAAGUUUAAAUUCAAUGAGAAAGGUCCACAAAAUCUUUGUUUGGGUUGUUUCAACAAUGUAACAAUGGCAUAUAAGUUUCAACAGAUGUGCAAUCAGGCACAACAAUAUUUUGAAGAUUAUUUAAAACACCAAAAACAACUUCUGCCAAGUGCAAUGAAAAGUGAUGAUAAUCAAGAUUGCUUAAUCUUACCAGAAGAAAUAAAUGAAAAGGUUAAACUUGAAGAUUCUGCUUUGAAAGUUCUUCCAACUAAUAAUGAGCUGUGUAAAAAUUUACCUCCAAAUAAAAAGCUUUUACAAAAGUCAAAGAGACGCACCAUAGCUGCUUGCAAAGUCUGUAACAAGCAGCUUCUGGAUAGAAAUAUGAAGCUGCAUAUGCUUAUCCAUACUGGUGAGAAGCCUCACAAAUGUAAGCAAUGUAGUGCCAGUUUUACGCAGCCAUCAGCAUUGAAGUAUCACACAGACAUGCAUGAGAACAAAAGGAACUAUAUGUGUAAAUUUUGUGGGAAAGCUCUUCUAACCAGCAGUCAAUUGAUUGUGCAUGAAAGGAGACAUACUGGAGAAAAACCACACAAAUGCCAGUCAUGUAACCAGGCAUUUACAACAUCUGCAGCACUCAAAGUGCAUAUGGUGGUGCAUACUGGAGAGAAGGCUUUCACAUGCCAAUUCUGCGCGAAAAGCUUUAACCGCGAUACGACUCUACGAACGCACAUUAAAAUUCACACAGGGGAGAAACCACAUGUGUGUAUAAUAUGUAACGCUAGUUUUAUUCAGGCCCACUGUUUAAGGAGCCACUUAUUGAAUCAUGCUAAGCAUCAAUUUGUUGUUUCAACAAUUGACCAAACUGCAACUGAAUGAAAACAUAAGCAGUUUUUUAAAUUGUGAUGUGAUAUUAUUGUGCUCCACCAUAACCAUAUUUGAUAAAUGUGUUUUGAAGUUGAUAAAUAUUUUCAAAAGUUA